AUACCAGCCUCAUCUUUCGAUAUCCUCGGUUCUUCUUCUCUAACUCCUGAACUCAAAAAACAAGCAGACCCGAGCUUCGAAUUCCCAGCAAAAACGAUGGGGUUGGGGUGUAAAACGAUUUCCAUGGAACCACCAAUCUUGUGCCGUCUCCCUGCCGGAACACCAACUUCUUUUAGGAAAAAAACAAUUGCCUUCUCUUCUUAUGCACCGGACAAAGGCGGAGGAGCUGUUUCCACUGCCGAUACUUACACUAUCAGCUUCAAGACCCUGGGAGCUUGCAAGCUUGGAAUUUCCAGGUAUCCCGACUUCGAGUACAACGCCGUGGGUGGAACAGGGACCGGGACCGCUUCAAAGGUCGACGAUGACGGCGCCGGUGAACUCUCAGUUGAUUUCGACAUUGAAACACUCUACAUCCCACCACUGACAACCUCAACAACCAAGUUCCUCGGACUGCCUUUGCCACCGUUUUUGAAAAUCGACAUCGUUCCUCAACUGUUUCAAGGGAAUAUCAACCAGGAUUCCGGCAAGGUUGAGCUGGAAUUCUUGGCCAAGUUCUGCUUCUCCGUUGGGAGCGUUUAUAAAGCCCCGCCGUUGCUGGUGAAGACUGUUUUAACGUCCGAUGAAUCGAGAGGGAAGAUUAGAGGCGGGAGAGGUGAGAGGCUGGAUGAAGAAGGGAAAUGCAAAUUGGUAGGGGUGGCAUUUGUUGAGCCUAUUCAUGAUUUCUUCAUGGAUUCUUUCCUCAGCUUACCUACCGAAUGCCUCGCCAAGCUCAAUGCUGUUAUCACCUUAUCUAAUUCACCCUGAAACCAUGCCAAUUUCAAACCAGAAUAACAAUAUGUUAUUGUAAUUUGUUGUUUAUACAUACCAUGUUUAUAGUUCAUUUUUUCGUAAAACUAAUGCUGCAUGUAUAUCUAUUCAAACUCGAGUCAUUUAGAUAAAAAAAUAACGUUUUCUUUUA